GACACGGCUUGCUGGGAUCGAUCAUGGAAGCGCCGCCGCCGGCGGCUGCGUAGGGCGAAGUGUACUGCGCCUGCCCACAAGGAGCCCGUUGAUUGGUAGAGGCUCCCCGCCCUGCCAAUGAGGGUGCAGGGUGGGGCCGAGGGCGGGGGCGGAGGUCGGCGCCCGGGUGUUUGGAUUCGAACGCAGCUCCUGGCCGGCGCAGGCGCAGUGUGAGGCAGGCCGGCGUUGCCCUCUAGUGACGGGGUAGGGGAUGCCGGGCGAGGAGGAGGAGGAGGCCGAAGCGGGGGUCGGGGGCAGCGCCUCCUCCCCCGCGGCGGAGGAGUGGGGCACUCGGCAGCGCUAUGAGGAACUCUGCAGCAGCCUCAACAUGGACGAGCGCGCCCGGGCCGAGGCCUGGCUCAGCUACCAGGGCAUGAAGCGUAACUACACCCUGGAGGGGAAUGAUCUACACUGGCUAGCAUGUGCCUUAUAUGUGGCUUGCAGAAAAGCAGUCCCAACUGUGAGCAGAGGGACAGUCGAGGGAAACUAUGUAUCCUUAACAAGAAUCUUGCGCUGUUCUGAACAGAGCUUGAUUGAGUUUUUUAACAAGAUGAAGAAAUGGGAAGACAUGGCAAAUCUACCCUUGCAAUUCAGAGAACGUACUGAGAGACUGGAGAGAAACUUCACUGUUUCUGCUGUAAUUUUUAAGAAGUAUGCACCCAUUUUUCAGGACAUUUUCACGUAUCCUCAAGAUGAUCAACCUCGUCAACAAAGAGGAAGAAAACAGAGACGACAGCCUUGCACAGUCUCUGAAGUUUUCCAGUUUUGUUGGGUGCUGUUUGUUCAUGCAAAAGGAAAUUUUCCCAUGAUCAGUGAUGACUUAGUCAAUUCCUACCACCUCUUGCUGUGUGCUUUGGAUCUAGUGUAUGGAAAUGCUCUACAGUGUCCUAAUCGUAGGGAACUUCUGAAUCCUACCUUUAAAGGCCUUCCUGAAGACUUUCACAGUAAGGAUUAUAAACCAUCUUCUGACCCUCCCUGCAUCAUUGAAAAGCUCUGCUCCUUACAUGAUGGUUUGGUUUUGGACGCCAAAGGCAUAAAGGAACAUUUUUGGAAGCCAUAUAUUAGGAAACUUUUUGACAAGAAGAUUUUAAAAGGCAAGGAAGAAAAUCUGACAGGAUUUUUAGAUCCUGGGAGUUUUGGAGACAGCUUCAAAGCCAUCAACAAAGCCUAUGAAGAGUAUGUUUUGUCAGUUGGAAAUCUGGACGAGCGGAUAUUUCUUGGGGAGGAUGCAGAUGAGGAAAUUGGAACUCUGAGAAGGUGCCUAAACACAGCUUCAGGAAUGGAAACAGCUGAAAGAGUGCAAAUGAAGUAUAAUCUGCAGCAGCAUUUUGACAGAUCUAAAUCACUUAGAAUUACAACACCUCUUACUGGCCGCAAGUAUAUUAAAGAGAGCAACCCCAAUGUGACCCCUGUUUCCAUAGCAACAUACAACUUGAGCCGUCUUCAUACAAUGCUGACAGGACUGAAAAAUGCCCCCAGUGAAAAUCUGGAGCAAAUACUCAGGGCAUGUUCCAGGGAUCCUUCUCAAUCUAUUGCAAAAAGAGUGAAAGAAAUGUAUGAAGUAUAUUGUCAGUGCACACAAUCUGAGGGAGAAUUCAGUAAUUUCUCCAAGGAUAAUGCUGGCAAGCAUUUUCGUCUUGCUGAGGUUCUUUACUACAAGGUAUUAGAGUCUGUCAUUGAGCAGGAAAGGAGAAGAUUAGGAGACACUGACUUAUCAGCAAUACUGGAGCAGGAUGUGCUUCACAGGUCUCUCCUGGCAUGUUGCCUUGAGAUAAUUACUUUUUCAUACAAGCCUCCUGGAACUUUCCCAUUAAUUACGGAAAUCUUUGAUGUACCUGUUUAUCACUUUUAUAAGGUAAUAGAGAUUUUUAUUAGAGCAGAAGAUGGCCUUUGUAGAGAGGUGGUAAAACACCUUAAUCAUAUUGAAGAGCAAAUCUUGGAGAGUAUGGCGUGGAAACGUGAAUCUCCAUUGUGGGACAGAAUCCGAGAUAAUGAGAACAAAGUUCCUACCUGUGAGGAGGUAAUGCCACCUCACUAUUUUGAAAGGUCUAAUGGGAACAGUCUGGUAGGCUCUCCUUUGACUCCAAGAAGGAUCAGUGAAGUUCGUGCUGAAACUGGAGGGCUUGGAAAAGGUCUUUCGUCUUCUCCAACCACAUUGUAUGACAGAUACAGUUCUCCUACAACCAACCCUACUAGGAGAAGGCUAUUUGUGGAUAAUGAUAAUCCCCCUGACAGUGGAACUCCUGUAAGAGUUUCACAGCAGCCUGUAGUAAAUACUGUGCCAGUGCAGAAUGUGACACCUGAAACGAUGUCAGUUACUCCAGUCCCUGGACAGACUUUGGUUACUGUGGCAACUGCCACUGUCACAGCCAACAACGGACAAACUGUUACGAUACCAGUACAAGGCAUUGCCAAUGAAAAUGGAGGAAUAACUUUCUUCCCAGUUCAGGUAAAUGUAGGUGGCCAGGCUCAAGCUGUCUCUGGCUCCAUCCAGCCACUCAGUGCCCAGACCCUGGCUGGUGGUACCCUUAACACUCAGAUGAGUGGGGCGGCCCUUCAGUUACCAGGCCAAGUUGCAGUUCAACAGAUCUCUCCUCCUGGAGACCAACAAAGACAAAACCAGCAGUUCUCUACUAUCAGCAGCAGCAAACCCCGAAAGACUGGCUCUCUGUGUCUCUUCUUUAGAAAGGUUUAUCACUUAGCAAGUGUUCGACUGCGGGAUCUCUGUGUCAAACUGGAUAUUUCUGAUGAGUUGAGAAAGAAAAUCUGGACAUGUUUUGAGUUUUCCUUGGUACAGUGCCCUGAGCUCAUGAUGGACAGACAUUUAGACCAGCUGUUAAUGUGUGCCGUUUAUGUAAUGGCUAAGGUUACAAAGGAAGAUAAGUCCUUUCAGAACAUCAUGCGCUGCUAUAGGACCCAACCACAAGCAAGGAGUCAUGUAUAUCGGGCCGUCUUGAUAAAGGGCAGAAGACCACGCCAUCGUUCUGGCAGCAGUGACAGCAGUAUCCAGCAGAAUUCCCCAACAGAGAGGAGUAAAGAUAGAACUAGCAGAGACUCUAGUCCUGUCAUGAGAUCUAGCAGCACCCUGCCAGUACCACAGCCGAAUAGUGCACCCCCAACUCCCACACGACUGACAGGCACAAACAGUGAUAUUGAGGAGGAGGAGCGAGGGGAUCUUAUUCGGUUCUAUAACAACAUCUAUAUUGAACACAUGAAAGAAUUUGCCCUGAAGUACUCUUCCACAAAUGCUACUGAUGCUCCUCCACUAUCUCCUUAUCCAUUUGUAAGAAUUGGCUCCCCCCGCAGAAUACAGCUGUCUCAGAAUCACUCAAUCUACAUCUCACCACACAAAAAUGAGUCUACACUUUCUCCGCGAGAGAAAAUAUUCUACUACUUCAGCAGCAGCCCCUCUAAGAGGCUGAGCGAGAUUAACAGCAUGAUUAGAACUGGAGAGACCCCCACAAAGAAAAGAGGCAUUCUCUUGGAAGAUGGUACUGAAUCACCAGCCAAACGGAUCUGCCAGGAGAAUCACACUGCUCUACUAAGAAGAUUACAAGAUGUAGCAAAUGAUAGAGGUUCUCACUGAGUUUAAUCAAUUGUUUGUGUUCCAGAGCAGAUACUCUUUCUUCGUCUGUCCCUGGCCAUUCUGUUUUGAGGAGGUGAAUGCUGAGCAUCUUCCAAGCUAACCUGUGGCUGAGAAUGGUAGUAUUUGACCUUCAAACAGAAAUCUCCCUUUAGACUGCAUUGAGUCUUUGAACUCUCCCAUAAAGGGGAGUGGAGACUAAUGCUGCACACUUUGUCCCAUUGUGGUCAAGCACAUCGCUAAAGUCAUACUUCCACCUCUGAGGCUAACCCCAGGCAUGGCUUAUAUGCUGUGCUUUACUAUGAGGACACAUGCAAGUUUUUAAUUAAACUGCUUUCUAAACUAUUUUGAUAUUUAUUGCUGAGACAAUGUACUCAAUAUAGUUUCCUAGCUUGUGAUAGGAAUUUUGUGUACAGGGUUUAGCCCCCAGCUGCAUACGCUGUUUUUCUUGGUGCUUUACUAUUCUUUUUGCUGUAACUAGCAAGUCAUUAUUACUGGUCAGAUCCAGGAGUAUUGCACCAAGAUAUUCAAAUUACUCAUGUGUAAGCUUUGUUUCUGUGGUAGGGAUGACCCAUGAUCUCUAGUGCUACAGCGAGGAAUGCUGACAGCCCAGUUUGGACUUCAGAGCAGACUGGGAAGAUUUCUUUUAUGAGGUCGGGAAAGAAUACCUUAUGAAAUUAUCUAAACGGAUUCUCUUCCAGAUCAGGUUGUUUUGUUUUAAUGUAUGGGCACUUUGCUGUGUAGGCAAUUCUGUUAAUGCAUUUUUUAGCUGUGCAAUGUUUUAAAGUGAACUCAAGUUCAAGGGGAGGCACUUUUGAUAGGGCUGUGAAGCAUAAAUUUUAAAAAGCAAGUUAGUUUUGCUGUAUAUUUGCAAUGGCACUUUUUGAAUGUAAAUAUUUUUCAAAUGGCUGAGGCUUAAGAUGUGUUUUUCUGUAUUAAAGUGAUGACUUUCUAUUUAUAUGACAUCCCCUAGAUACCCUGUCAGUAAAUGAUGUUAAGCUAAAACUAAUUCUUUGUGUGUAUGCAAGUACCGCUAGGGGAAGUUUGCUUUUUUUCAAACUCAAUAUCCAGAAUCAUUUUUUUGAUGGUAGCUGUAACUUCCUUGUGCAUUAUAUUCAAUUUGGCUUUUUUUAAAUGUCUUCUGAUUAAGUCUAGUCCAAUGAAGGUGCCAUUUCUUCUCCCCAAAACAGAAAACUGGUGCAUAUAAUAAAUCUGGAAAAUGUACUUAGAAACAUGCUGACAUGUUUCUAAGUACAUCUAUUACUGAGGAAGCAUUAAAGCAGCAGUUCUUAAACUAUAGGGCGUUUCCUCCCUGUGCUUUUUAUUUAAUUGCCCCAGGUGAUGGGGGCCAUGUACGAGGCAGGGUACAAUUAACCGCCCCCCCCCCCCCAAAAUAGCCCUGUGCGGGCAGUGCUAAGUCAGCUGUGAAAAGUGAGGCAAAUUUCAUUGACACUCUGCUGGCACAGCACAGCCUCAGAACUGGGCUGUAGAAUAUGUACUUGUGUGGCAGGGGAGUGAUUGAUAAAUGCUGUAUUAGUGGUCAACAAUACUCUCCUCUACAAGUCACUUUCAAGAUUUGUUAAACAGCUACUUAAAUUCCAUGUUUUCAAUAAUGAUUAGAAUGGAAAACCUAUUAGGAUUUAAUUCAGUUUUAAAUUGAAUUAAAAUAAAAGGAAAGUUAACCAGUAACUUGUUUUUUAACAUGCAUAACAAAGAUUCAACAGCGGUUUUGAGUGUUUCUGUAAAAAUAUUUAUGAACUGUCAGAUUCUUAUUACAAUACUGUACCUUACUUUGUCUGAAAUGUAUUUUUCAAUAAAGACCAUUAUAAACAUCGCAA